AUCUUGAUUGCUGAAGGUCGUGUCUAGCUUGAAAUGUUGCUCACCUAAUUUACUAUGCUUCUCCACGUAUUCGUGUCCUCGGCAGUCUUUAUAUCCUUGGUAAUUGAUAGGAAAGUGAGGGAUUUUACUAGGUUUGACCAGCGGUGAAGUCCCUCAACGGGGAUCGCACGGUUCCGCACUUAACAGCGUGGAGGGUAUUCGCAGGGUUUUUUAGCGGAUAGUAUGCCGUAAGCGCUCGUAAGCCGCGCGGACUGCUUAACGGCUUCUCCGUUUCGCACCCGUGAGACUAGCGAGAGGAUUUGCCUGCGUAAUAAAAGAAAAGGUCUGACCAGCGGGUAGGUAAGCGAUCGCGUGAUCUUCUCCCGUUGACCUGGUAAACUACCAUCAGCUUCUCUAAGCUGUCAGGGGUUCUACGAGCGAUGUGUCCGAAAUAUUUGAGUAUGCGCUGGUAACAGAUAGUGUACAACCUUGUGGUUAUGCCGUAAUAUUAGGUAUAUUAUCAUAAUUUGUUUUUUAGGUUUUCACGCACACUAAUCAUUAAAUUAAUGCGUUAAUUUACAAUUUUUUUAACGUUUCACAUCCUUUUCAGGCGGCAUCGUCAGAGUUAUAUGAUAUUUAAAGAAUCAUAUUGUAUAAUUCUGACGACUACAAAUUUCUUUGAACGUCAGACUAUAUAUUGUGUCACCCUUUGUUAGAUCGGUCGAGGCACAACCACCUACCUCGCGGCUCGAUUAACAAACUUUAAGGUUCACAUGUAUCGCAAAAGAAGCGUGGCGACCACCGGAGCGUAUCAACAAGACACACCCAACAAUGAUUUGCGCCACAAUAUUUGCAAAAUUCAACCUGUACGGACGCCGCCAUUUUCAAAUUUCUAUCUCGAAAUAAGGAUUGCUCAUUGUUCCCGCGCGCGCGUGAGAAAUCCGCGGGAAGCCGCGUUGACAUUCAGACGUUUUCUUUUUUCGAAGUUCAAAUAGUUUUAUGUUUCGCGAAUGCGAACUUUUUAGUUUUUAAAGACGAAAAAACAUUUGAAUAAUGAACACAAUGAUUUCUUUAUCUAAAAGUAUUUUUUAGGCAAACGACCGAGCAUGCUAGUCGGUUAUUUCGUUAAAAUGUUGUGUGUACUAUCCAUGUUCCCGGUUCUGCUCGCGGCAGUGCAAACGCUGACUAUUGAUUCGCAGCUGGGUACAUCAAUAGAAGAUUGCUUCGAAAGAUUGUCAAUUGGUGAACAGUUGCCUCCUGACACCAUCUAUCGGAACGUGUCGGAACUUACUACCCGCGAAUGCGAGCAGCUCUGCAAACAAGACAAGCAAUGCCAAACUCACGACUACGGAGUUGGAGCCAAAGGCAAUGCCACGUGUAACCUCAGCAACGUCAGUGAAAAGGAACUUAAAGAGAAAAACCUCCUUCUUCGGCAUCCUGAUUACGACGUUUACGUAAGGAGGUUCCAGUGCGAGCAAUCACCUCCUUCGCCUAUCCAGCCGCAGUUCGAUGACCCCGGCGACGGUCCCAUCCACAGACCAGUCUUCAGACCUGACGAAGAAGACAGAAGACCACUAGACGACUACCUGAGCGACUCGCGGCCUUUCGAAUCCAUCAGACCAGAUUUGCUCAAGCCGAUUCCACCGUACAGACCGCCAUACCAUAACCAUAUAGAUAACGACCGUCCAGAUGACUACAACAGUCAAAAACCUGCCUUCGAUGCUCCACCGAGCUAUGGCGCUCACAAGCCUCAAGAGAUUCCAUACAAACCUCAGCAGUCACCCCAGAAACCAAAACCUAAUAAAGAGCCAUACAGACCAGAUCCUUACGACGAACUUCACUUUCAAGAACCGUACAAACCAAUGAGACCGUUGAAUCCAGGAUUUUGGAGACCAGAUCCUUAUAAUCCUCCUCAUUUCGACGACAUAGGCCCUUAUAAACCUACAAAGCCUUAUAACGAUUAUGACCCAUAUGGCUUAGAGAAACCUACUUAUCAGUACUUUGUUCGACCAAAUCGCAAACCUAGACCACAGGAUUCUGAAUAUGAUAGGCCCAGUUAUCCUACAAAACCAGAUCCUUAUGGCGUGAUUCAUCCAAUCGGCCCACAAGACUAUAGACCUACUACUAACUAUCCUAACAGGCCCUAUGAAAAACCAAGCUAUAAUUAUAACAGUCAGUAUGCGAGUAAUUAUGGACAAUCAAGCUAUGCAGACAACUCCAUAUAUGUAGAGAUCUAUGAUCCACCAAGGCCUUAUAAGCCUCCGAAGAAACCUGUUAAAGAUAGGCCUAGUUAUGGCACCAGUCAAGGAGGUUAUGGUCAGAAUUAUGGUUAUGGGGAUCAAAGCGAUUUUGGAUAUGGCAGCCACACUAGUCAGAGCUCGUUCAGCCAAUCUCAAAGUUCUCAUUAUAACCAAGGAACCAUCACGGAGAUAGUAAGCCACGAUCAAGGCUAUAAUAAACCCAGUAGUAGUGGUUACGGUCAAAGCUCUUCCUAUGGUGGCAGUUCUGGCUAUGGAAGUCAAACCAGUGGUUACGGUUCUGAUAAGCCUGAAGUAAGUAAACCAUCUUACCAAAGUAACCAAGGUUAUUAUGGAAGUAACCAAGCAUCAUAUGGUAGUACUAGUAGUAGUUCUUCAUAUGGGGUCAGCCAAAGCUAUGGUGGAAGUAAACCGUCAUACAGUAGUAACCAAGAAAGUUCGGGCUAUGGUACCACCACAAAAAAACCAAAUACUGUAACUCAGAAACCUUCCGGAAGCGGCCUUGGUAGUUAUGGUAGUCAUGACUCUAUUUAUGAUUCCUUUGAUAGCAACCAAGGGUAUGGAAGUCAAGGUAGCUAUGGCAGUAGACCAUCGUAUUCAGGUGACGUUGGUUAUGGAGUUAAUAAGCCAGAAUAUGAUCGUCCUUCUUACGAUGAUAGCCGGCCUACAUACAGCAGCUAUAGGCCUUCCAAUAAUAACUAUAGGCCUGCAUAUGGAAACAAGCCUUCUUAUGACAGUGAUAGGCCAACCUAUGAUAGACCUUCUUAUGGCAAUAAACCAUUUAAUGACAAACCUGCUUACGACAAUGAUAGGCCUUCAUAUGGGAAUAAUCCGUCUUAUGACAGUGAUAGACCAACUUACGGUAAUGAUAGACCUUCUUACGAUUAUGAUAGGCCGUCUUAUGGCAAUAAUAAACCUUCAUACGAUGCUGAUAGACCUUCCUACGAUACUGAUAGGCCUUCAUAUGGAAGUAAACCAAUUAAUAAUAAACCAGCGUAUGGGAACGAUAGACCUUCUUACGGGAACAGACCUUCUCAUGACAGUGAUAAUGAUAGACCAACUUAUGGCAAUGAUAAACCAACCUAUAGCAACGAUAAACCAUCUUAUAUAAAUGAUAAACCAUCUUAUGGCAAUGAUAGACCAUCUUAUGGUAAUGAGAAACCAUCUUAUGGCAAUGAUAGACCAGUUUAUGGUAAUAAUAAACCAUCUUAUGGCAAUAAUAAACCAUCUCAUGAUACGGAGAAGCCUUCAUAUGGUAAUAAACCUAUCAACGAUAAGCCUUCUUACGGUAAUGAUGCGCUAUCUUAUGACAUAAAUCGACCAGACCCACCACCAUAUAAUCAGCCUACUGAUACACAAAACUCAGGGUACGGACCUCAAAACAGCGAACCACCAAACGAUUAUAAACAUGGAAAACCUAAUUAUAAUAAUCAAACCGAUUACAAUAGACCUGAUGUCAAACCCGUGUUUGAAUAUGAAUUUGACAAGCCCAGUAAUGUUCCCAGUUAUAUUUUGAGGCCGGGAGGUGAAGUGGUUACGUCUAGACCAGUGACUGUUGGUGAUUACGGAGGGAAACCAGGUUAUGGACGGGAGCCGGGGCAUGGAGUUUCUUACAAAGCAUGCUUCCGCCGCGUACUGGCAGGGCGGCGCGCGCUGCGCAGCUUCGUCCGGAAAGUGGUCGCUUGCGAGCGGCUCGAGGACUGCCGCUACGAGUGUGCCAUUGAAAGGAGGUUCUCUUGCGAGAGUUUUAACUACAGAUUGGACCCUUCGUUCCGUGGUAAAGGCCUCUGUGAGCUAAUGACUCAGCCCAUAGAAGCGUUUGAUCUCCGCAGAGACUUCGUGGAUGACAAGGAUUAUGACUUCUAUGAAGUGGACAGGAACAGUCUGGAACCCAACUGCCCGGAGACCUUGUGGGGCCCUGGGUUACUUCAUUCAGGGUUUUUAUCCUCAAAACCUGAAAGACUACCUGUGUAUCAAAGCCAAUGGAGCGAUAGAGUGGACGUUUAUGACACCAGAUACAACGGACAUGACCGUUACCAUGACGACGGAAGGCGUAACCAGAGGAGGAGAUACCCCGAACGCUUAUUCGUUCCUUACCAGAUAGGUGUUGCUAGAAGCAACGAUGGCCAAGCAGACAUAGAAAAUUGGGGUGUUUACGGUGGGUCCUAUGGAGGUUAUGACACUUACUACAAAGACAGGAAUGACUACCACAAGUCCAUCAACCACUGGAGACUACCGAACGACAUAGAGCGACCUCGUGGGGUCAAACCUGGACAUAAUAGGGACUUUGAUUACCACAGCCUUGGCAAGGAUAAAUUCUUGAAUCAUAGGUAUGGUUAUGGUGCAUGGAAGAGGGGCAGAUGGAACAAUUCCGGUACUUCCAAUGGCAUGGAUUAUGGAGAGUCAACUUACUAUGACAAACCACAAAUUUACUACGAACCAGUAGAUAGGAAUGAUGAUGACGUCACUUUCAAAGAUUGUUCCUCCCGUCGCCGUCCGGGCAUGUCUUUAGGGUCAGGUGCAAUAAGAAGAUCCUUGUUAGCUCGUAAUGUGGUUGAGUGCGAAGCGGCUUGCUUUGAUGAGAGCGAGUUCAAAUGUGUGUCAUAUAGCUAUAGAUAUUCGAGUGGUCGGGGUUCUGACAAUUGCUUCCUGAGCGAACGGCCGUACCGGGGACUAGAACUGUCCACGGACAGCGGGUCUGAUGUAUACGCGAUGCCUCUGCAUCAGGGAUGCUCCGUGGUCAACCACCAACCUUGGGUCGAGAGCGAAUGUUUCUGGCACGUGCGGUCUGGGGCGGCGGUGGGAGGAGACGCUGUAAGGGCGGCACUCACUGUCGCAGGGCUGGGCGCCUGCGAGGCGGAGUGCAUACGAGCGCAUUCCUUCUUCUGCAGAGGGUUCAGCUUCAGAUUCGACGCCCCGACAAUAGGAGAUGACAUAGAGAACUGUAUCCUGACUUCUUCACCCCCGACUUCGCUAGAAAGCGGUCGUGGGCUUCGUCCCACCGCUGGGCACGAGUUGUACGCGAGAGGAAACUAUGGUAGGGGCUGCGAACCGGCGUUAUAUGACCACGCACAUUACAGGGAGAAACAGUGCUACCUUCAAUAUGACAAUGCUGCUAAACUGGUAGGGCCAGCUGUACGAGGCAAGGCACUCGUAAGGGACGAACAGGCUUGUGGCCAGGCUUGCACUGACGCCCCUUUUAGAUGUCUCAGCUUUUCCUACAGCAACAAUGCACCCCCCGGUGUAGACAACUGCUUACUCUCAGAGAUCCGUUUAUUCGACUUGGAACGGGGCGUCGACUACAAGUACUCGGAGGACGAUUGGUUGUUUGCGUUCGAUCUCUUCAAUGGACAGUGUUGGAGGAAAGUCCAUGGAAAAGAAUACGACGAGCACUCUGCUGAAAUUCCAACUCCCAUAUCCGGAUCCAGUGAAGAAUUAUACCCGGGUUCAGGUCCAAGUGGACCAGCGUACAAACCGAGGCCAGUUGAACCACACUACAUUCACGAUUCUGGUCCACCACCCAGACCUGGCUAUGAACCCGGGUAUUCACGACCCAAAAAACCGAUUUACAUCGAUCCAAGUGGUCCAGAAAUCUCCGGGCCUGGCUUCAAACCCUCUUACCCGGAUGAACCAAGCGCACCAGGAUACCCGGCUCCAAGUAGACCAAAUUACAGACCUAGACCCACAUACAGACCUUCAGAACCCUCCGGACCGGAGUACCAUGGUUUCAGACCAGGGUUCAGACCUUCCGAGCCCACAGGACCCGGGUAUAAUGGCUUCAAACCUGGUUUCAGACCUCCGGAACCUAGUGAACACGGGUAUGAUGAUUACAGACCGGAUAGGUAUCCAAGCCAUGGACCCGAGUAUAGACCUCAUGCUGAUGCUGAAUACAGGCCUGGGCAUAGACCGCACCCGGAUAGGCCAAAAGGCCCAGAUAGGCCAGGCUAUGGGGAUAGGGAAAUACAAGAACCAAUAUCAGUAUCGUGGCGUCAUUAUACCGUGUCAGGGUUUCCCUGUAGAGCCGGUACUACUUGUGCCCAGAACCAGGUAGCAGGCCAUUGGGCUUGCGAGCCAGAAGGAGGGGAAGUGGGUUCUUGGGACUACUGCUGUGCUCCGACACAUCGGUGUGGUUACAGCGAAGGAUUCCACAAGCCAUGGUGUUACGUGGGAACUUCUGAGGACCAGUGGCGUCCUUGCAGCGAGAAAUACUACCCUUACCAUCAACACAAAGUGCCUCAUCCUUCCCAAGGCAACAGUCAUAGAGGGUAUACUCGGGUCCCUACGGCAGAACGUCCUUACAUAAGGUAUAGGCAUAACUAUCGCCAGCCUGGCUCUGGGGGUUGGGUGUCACAGGCAUUAGAGGAACCACCAACUGCCAGCGGAUUGGGUGUACCUAGGUAUUGGCCGGUAGCUUACCUCCACAAUGGUCCGCCUCCAAACAUGACUUACUUCACAUACAACGAAACAAAAAGCACUACCACAGAAAACUACCCACGCACUCCUAUAUCACCUCCAAGAGAUCAACCACCACCCAAAUUCAACAGCGUUACAGAGAGACCGAAAGACGUAGUCGAAGCCAGGAACCAUAGGGACGAAAAAACUAGAAAUAUAACCGACGAGGACAUAUUUCAUAUUGAUUUCGAUAAAUUUACUACGACCACAACAACAACAACAACUACUACUACAAGAAAACCUGAAAUAAAAGAAAUUCCAAAAAAAUUUGAAGAAAAAAAUAUAACAGUAAAUAAAUCCGACGUUGAAACAAUUAAACCAGAAAAUGUAAAAACUGUUGACAAGAACGAAAAGGUUAAAGGUAUUGAUGACAAAUUAGUAGAUUUUACUGGACCAAUCGAAGUAUUAGAUAUUGAAGAUGUAAAAACGGGAGAAAAAAUACCUGAUUUGAAAACGUUAGAGGCUGAAGAGAGACAAAUAGAAGCAAUUGGAAGAUUAUUAGCUUCCAGACGUGGCAGUAAACUAAUUUUAGAGAAACGUUCCCAAAAAGAUUUAGAAGCCAAAAAUAUAGCUAUUGACAAAGAUUUAGUUGACUUUAAUUUUGGAAAUAAAUUUCCUACGACGGAAAGAAGAGGAAUUAUUCAAAAAGUUUCGAAAGACGACAUUGAAAGGGACAGAAUUGCAGAUAAAAGCUUGGAAGUCAGCGAAACGACAUUUGUUCGACCACCGAGAGUUUUGAGUACCACUACAGAAAACAUAAGGAAGGCUAUUGUUAACGGCAAAGUUUUUUAUGACGCAACUAUCAGGGAACAAAGAGAUAUAUUCUCUAAUGCUACGAGAAAAUCUAGGACUUUUAGACAGUUAGAAGAUUCCAGAGCACCUUCGGUUAUUGCUCAUAGUAACUUUGGAAAGAAAAAAAAUAUAAAGACAAGGAAUGUGAAUCCAGUAAGGCGUGUUAGAAGAGUGUACAGAAAAAGAUACAACCCCGAGGAAGUGCGACGAAGGUUGUUAGAAAGAGACAGAAAUAUAAAGAUGGACAAUAGCGACGCAGCUAGAAAAGUUUAAAGUACAAUAUUUUUGAAAAUAAUUUAUAAACGAGAAUUCUUCCUUACAAAUCAGAUUUUUAAUAUACUUCUCACUAUCUAUUGAUUAAGAAGAAAGUACAGUUCAAGUAGAGAAGAAUAAAAUGGGAAUGUGAUACGCUAAGUCAAUUUAAAUUUGUUAACAAAUUGAGGUUGAACAUGAAUUGUAUUUAAACAUUUUUGAAACAGGUAUGAACUGAGAUCUUUUGUUUCAAAUUCCAGGUUCUUGAAGUCGAGUCAAAACCUCAUGAAUAAUGUAAAACAAAUCUCCCUUUGUACCCGUUUUUUUAAAAAAGCUUAAUCAAUGAUAUGAUGUGACG